AAUAAAUUCAAAUUAGUAGUAUGCGGAAUUUUUAUUUUCCUUUAUAGGAAUCCUAUGAACAAUAAGAUAUUUGAAAUUCUUUAUAGAUCCAUAGAUCAGGCGACACCCGGAUUUGAACUGGGGAAAAAAGGAUUUGCAGUCCCUUGCCUUACCACUCGGCCAUGUCGCCAAAAGGAUACAAAAAAAUUGGGGAACGACUUUUUGAUUGUACUUGUUUCUUUCUUUUCUACUAAAAAAAGACUGAGUUUAUUCCACUUUUUUUUUUAUUUUAUUUGAGCCAUUAAAGAUUAUAUUGAAAAGUCAGAUGAAAGUGGGAACCUUUAAGCGUAUCAAUUUAACUACGAGUAUACGAAAGCAUCUUUUAUUUGAAUCAAAAUCUUUAUUUCUAAGAUACUAAAAAAAUAUUUUCAAAUUAUUUAUUUAAUGAUCUAUGAAAUUCUUAAAUCUGUUUUAUAGUUCAGAUAUGGAGUUUGAUACAAUUUAAUGUGAUUCAGUAAAAACAAUAGAAAUUAACUCAUUAAUAAAUCAUCUAUUUUCUUAGCUAUUAGAUGAAGGAUUCGUAAAGUUUUAUAAAAUCAAUAAUAAAGAAAAUAAAAAGGAAUUACAAAAAAAAAUGCUUGUAGAUGGAAAAAAGGACGGAGUUACUACAAUCCCUGGAUUGAAUCAGAUACAAUUUGAAGGAUUUUGUAGGUUUAUUGAUCAAGGUUUAAUCGAAGAACUUUCUAAGUUUCAAAAAAUUGAAGAUCUCGAUCAAGAAAUUCAGUUUCAUUUAUUUGUGGAAACAUCUCAAUUGGUAGAACCAUUGAUCAAGGAAAGAGAUGCUGUGUAUGACUCACUCACAUAUUCUUCUGAAUUCUAUGUAUUGGCAGGAUUAAUUUGGAAAGCAAGUAAGGAUCAAUCUACACGUAUGCAAGAACAAAUCAUUUUUCUUGGCAGCAUUCCUCUAAUGAAUUCCUGGGAAGUUUUAUAGUAAAUGGAAUCUAUAGAAUUGUGAUCAAUCAAAUACUACAAAGCCCUGGCAUUUAUUACCGGUCAGAAUUGGACCAUAACGGGAUUUCGGUUUAUACCGGCACAAUAAUAUCAGAUUGGGGAGGAAGAUCAGAAUUAGAAAUUGAUAGAAAAGCAAGAAUAUGGGCUCGUGUGAGUAGGAAAAAAAAAAUAUCGAUUUUAGUGCUAUCAUCAGCUAUGGGAUUAGAUCUAAGAGAAAUUAUAGAAAAUGCCUGUUAUCCUGAAAUUUUUUUUAUCUUUUCUUAGUGAUAAGGAUAAAAAAAAAAUUGGUUCAAAAGAAAACGCGAUUCUGGAGUUUUAUAAAAAAUUCGCUUGCGUAGGCGGUGAUCUAUUAGUGUAUGAAUACUUAUGUAAGGAAUUACAAAAAAAAUUUUUUCACCAAAGAUGUGAAUUAGGACAGCUUGGUCGACGAAAUAUGAACCGAAGACUUAAUCUUGAUAUACCCCAGAAUAAUACUUUUUUGGUACCACGAGAUAUAUUAGCAGCCGCCGAUCAUUUGAUUGCACUCAAAUUUGGAAUGGGUACACUUGAUGAUAUGAAUCAUUUGCAAAAUAAACGUAUUAGGUCUGUAGCGGAUCUUUUACAAGAUCAAUUUGGAUUGGCUCUCGUUCGUUUCGAAAAUGUCGUUAAAAGCACUAUAUGUGGAGCAAUUCGUCAUAAAUUAAUACCCACUCCUCAGAAUUUGGUAACUUCAACUCCCUUAACAACUACGUAUGAAUCUUUUUUCGGGUUACACCCA